UUGGGGCCUGCUGCCGUGCUGGGUUGCAGCUUCCUCUCCCCUGUGCACGCUAAUUAAUUCUAUACUCCACCAAAUCGCACCUCCUUAAUGCUAUCUUAUGCGCAGCUUUUGUCAAACUUAGUUUUGUGCACAUACAUGCACUGGUGCUUGCUACUCCAUCUCUCUCCUCUCGAUCUCCCACUCUAUAUUAAUUACUACUUCGCAACAACUCUUCCUCUGUUACUGGUGAUCGAGUGACUGGAGCCCUUCGAAGCCCAGCACGCGCACUAUUUCUUCUCCCCUCCUCAGACCUCUCCUCCUCUCAUCACUCCACUCGAUACCUCCUCUCUCACUCACACACACACUCUCGUCACUGCUAAUAGCAAACCUAGCUUCUAGCUCGUACUAGAACGAGCACUGUCACUUGCUCGUUUGAAGAAACUGCCUAGUGCCAGCUAAGUACUGCGUGUACGGCAGCUCUAGUGCCCGGGAAGGCCGGGAUGGCGUCGGAGUGGGAAAUGGCCAUGGGAGUGGAGCUCGGCAUGGGAAUGAGAACGUACCAUCACAACUCCUCGAGCAUCACCACCGCACCGAUGAGCAGCCACCACAGCGGGGGUGGCAGCUUCUCCACGGCGCACCAUUAUUACUACGGGAUGCCGCCGAUGGGCGACACCAUGCCCGUCGACGACCUUCUCGACCUCCCCAACGGCGCCGGCGCCCACGAGUUCUUCCCCGCCGCCGCCGCCGCAGCGGCCACUGACAACGGCCACCACUCCGGGGCCAUGGGCGAGCCGUCACCCACCGCCAACUCGUCCGAUCACCAGACGUCCCUCCUCUCCUUCGCCGACGAGUUCUACAUACCCAGCGAGGAAGCUGCGGAGCUGGAGUGGCUAUCCAAGUUUGUGGACGACUCCUACUCCGACAUGCCAAAUAACUCGUCGGCCGCGCAAGCCGCAAUGGCCGCGGCUGCGGUCGCCAACGCGGCCUGCAAUGGUGCUGGCAACUCGGCUGGUCAAGACAUAUGUGUCACGGCGGCGCCUGGACGCGGCGCGCGUAGCAAGCGGUCGCGCGCGACAGCCGCGGCUGCCGCCGCAUGGCACUCCCUCGUGCCGCGCCCGGCAUCGCAGACGUCGCCGUCAUCGUCCUGCUCGUCCUCGGACUUCCAGUCCUCGAAGCCAGCACGGCCCAACGGCUCCAACGGCAGCCGUGGCAAGAAGAGCCCGGUGCCCGGGGGGGCUGCGGGGGAGGCGGGCAUGGAGGCCGGCGUGCGGCGGUGCACGCACUGCGCGUCGGAGAAGACGCCGCAGUGGCGGACGGGGCCCCUGGGGCCCAAGACCCUGUGCAACGCGUGCGGCGUGCGGUUCAAGUCCGGGCGUCUGAUGCCCGAGUACCGGCCGGCGGCAAGCCCCACCUUCGUGCUCACGCAGCACUCCAACUCGCACCGCAAGGUCAUGGAGCUGCGCCGCCAGAAGGAGCUCAUCCUCGUCCGCGGCAGCCACCGUGACGCCGCAGCGGCCGCGGCAGCCUUGGCGGCGACAGGAUCCGCCGGGCCGAGGCCGGAGCUCAUGUUCCGUGACUACGGCGUGUGUUAGCUAGCCGGAGCUGGCCAUGCAUUGCAUGGAGCUUAGAUCCUUUUGCGAAUUGAAAUUCUCCCGGCCCGUUCCUUCUUUCCUUUCUUUCCCUGAUCGCCUACGUAUUCCAGAUAUUUUCAUUUCUCUUUUGUUGAUUAUUAAAUCGUUGGUACCUACCUCCCUGCUUCUAAGUUCUAUGAGAGAUCAAUCAAUUCUGUUGGUAUAAUUGUGAUGGUGAGUAAUCAUGUA